AGCUGACGUGAUACUGCCAAAGAUUUAGAUUUCAAGGCAAAUUUUUGUUUGCGAAAUGCUAAAUUCAAUGUCUAGGCUACUUAUAAUUGUACUGGGUAGUAAAGGGCCAAUAAGAAUAGGUACUAUGCAUCAACUGAGCGUUGAGAUUAUCUAUUAUUAUUUAUUUCUCAAAAUAUUUGCACGUGUAAACUUGCUGGCACUGUUUCAAAUAAAAUAACGCCGUUUAUCCCAGAGUUAAAUGUACUUAUUACAUAAGUGUAUUUAAACAGAGCAAAGAAGAAAAUGGCAGGCUGGAGUAAAAAUGCUGUAGUUUCAAUUUUUACGAAGUAUCCUCUACUUCGGGGUAUGGUUUCAUAUGGUAUCAUUUGGCCAGUUUCUAGUUUUAUACAGCAAUCAUUCGAAGGCAAAAGUUUUGAUUCGGAAAACAAAUAUGAUUGGUGGAGGUGUGCACGUUAUGGUUUGUAUGGCUCAUGCUAUGUGGCUCCAACAAUUUACACCUGGUUUACCAUCGCAAACAUUGUCUGGCCUGGUACUACAUUAAAAGUUGCACUUAUCAAGACAUUUGUUGAAACUAUUACUUACACCCCAUUUGCAAUGUGCAGUUUCUAUUUUGGAAUGAGUUUAUUAGAACAAAAAUCUUUUGACGAAGCUGUGACAGAAGUAAAAACAAAAUUUUGGCCCACAUAUAAGGUUGGAGUUUCUGUUUGGCCUGCUGUUGCUUUGAUUAAUUUUCAUUUUAUACCUCCUAAGAACAGGGUACCUUUUAUCAGUAUUUGUAGUCUCUUAUGGACUUGCUUCUUAGCUUAUAUGAAACAUCUAGAUGCACAAGAUAUACCUGUAAAUUUAAAAGAAAGAUCUGCCAGGUUAAAUGUAUGAAACAAAUAAUAGUUUGAAGAUUUAGGUCAAUUACUUUAUAGUUAUAUUAUAUAAGUAAAGUGUGAUAUUAUACUUAUAAAGUAGUAAAAUCAUGGGUGUAUACAUACAAACACCUUGUUGGGUAUGAUUUAUAUUGAUAACAAUUAGUAUCAAAUGAAAUGCCCCAAGCAGAAAAAUGUACGUAAGUACAGCUUUAUGAAUUGAAUCUCAAUUGUGUAAUUUUUUUCAUUUCUUAUUAUUAAGAAAAAAAAGUUUAGCUGUUUCUAGAUGCACUUAAAUUUAUUCACUAAAACCUAACUUGCUGGCUACACCUAUGAUGAUGAUCAGAUAAAGUAUACAAUGUUAUUUCUUUGCAACAGUAUUGACUAUAUGGUAUACCUAUUUAUAAAAUGAAAAUAAUUAUUAAUAGCAUUCAAUAUUACAUUUUGUAUUAACAAAACAUGUUUGGAUAUUGACUUGUAUUCUACUUCAUUGUCUUGUAAUUGUAUUAUACAUAUUUUGAACAAAUAAUGGUACUUCAUGCCCAACUGUCAUCGUUGAUAUAAAAUAAUCAAUGUGUAUAAAGUUCAGUAUUAAUAAUUAUUUCUUUCUUUUAGUAUAUUCUGUUAUUCAGUAAUAAAUGUGAUUUACAAAUAAUA